AUAACGGACACAGCAAGUUUUCGACCAUUAAAAGAAGCAUAUAUCUUUCUCUGAAUACAUUGUAAAUUUCAACACGAUCAAAUUGAAAAUUGGUCAGAUUUGGAAAAGAAAUUACCUAAAAUACAACAAAAUUCGGAUAAUUCAGAUAUUUGACAUACACACAAACAAAAGAAAACAUGUCCGGAAUCGCUGUUGCUCGACUUGGUGAAGAAAGAAAGGCAUGGAGAAAAGUUCAUCCAUUUGGUUUUGUAGCACAGCCGACAAAGAAUCCAGACGGCACGUUGAAUUUGAUGGUUUGGAAUUGCGCUAUUCCCGGCAAAAGAGGGACUCCAUGGGAAAAUGGUUCGUACAAAUUGCAAAUGGUUUUCAAAGAUGAUUACCCGAUCAGUCCACCAAAGUGCAAAUUCGCACCGGCUCUAUUCCACCCGAAUGUCUAUCCAUCCGGCACAGUAUGCUUGUCACUGCUUGACGAGGAGAAGGAUUGGCGUCCUGCCAUAAGCAUCAAACAGGUUUUACUUGGCAUCCAGGACUUAUUGAACGAACCUAACAUUGAUGAUCCAGCCCAGGCCGAUGCAUAUGUUUGCUAUUGUCAAAAUCGACAAGAAUACGAAAAUAAAGUUCGUGCCCAAGCUCGAGUUAUGGCCACUGAAUAAACAUCACCUCACCAACAAUAUCAUCAAUUCGAUCAAAUGAACACUUAUUUAUACACGCGACUACUAACGGCUGUAAUGCAAAAAAAAAAACAUUUCCAAAUCAUUGCAAUAUACAAAAAAUCACCUCAACCAAUUCUACAGUUUACGUCUAAUUUUGAUGCACUAAAAGGAUGAAAAUUAAAACACACGCGCACACACACACACGAAAAUAGAUAUAAAAAAUAUGAAUUUGAUUCAAGUCAGUAAUGUCAAGUGGCAAUGAAAACACAAAACAAUUGAAUGAAUACAAUGUGGAUGAUAGGAAAAGAAAUAAAAAUUAAUCGCUAAUAUGAAGAACAAAAUGAUAAAAUGGAAACUCAAUCUUGACUUUAUCUUCCAAUCACAAUUU